AUGUAUGAGGCACCCAACGGAAUGUUCUUCCAGGAUGGAGCAUUGAAACAUAAUAACCCGAUUAAUCUAGCCGUUGUAGAAGCACGUCGUGCUUGGGAUAGCGGUCGUGAUAUCGACAUCGCCGUCAGUGUAGGCUCUGGAUGGUCAAAUGACCGGGUCGCAAAGCAGAGCUUUAUAUUCUCCCACUUUAGUCACGGUUGGCUUAGAAGGUGCACCGACACAUUCGAAAACAACCUAGAUGCAGCCAAACUAUGGACAAAGUACUUUAGCAGUUUGGACGAAGAUCUAAGGCAAAAACACCAUCGGCUUGACGUCCAAUUAAUGGAACUCUACCUACCUUGCAUUCUAUGUCGCCUCGAGCUGAAAUACCAUCGGACUCUACUGUCGAGGCUCACGGAACAAGGCUGCAUCUUUCAUGUCAACCGCCAGUCAUUCCCGGUUGACUUCAGGCUAGUAGAUAAAUGUGGCUUCAAGCUGGACGUUCGUUGGACUAUAUCGAACAAGAACGACAAGACAAGCAUCUUCCUCACAUUCGGUGAUACCGCUUUGGACCAAGAUGGCGCAAAAGAGGAUCCCCAAGCGGCUGAGGUGCGACAGUAUGAUAUUAGUGCAAGCCCCGUCUCUGCUUGUUCAAUAAGUCCUAUGGUAGGCAAUCGACAGGCCGCUAAGCCUAGCGGGGACUAUCAGACAUAUCGAUCUGAUUGA